AGAGCUGCGUAGUGUACGCUCGUGUGUAUUACGUUAUGUGUUUACAGUGAAGUGUAUGCGUCCUGGAAAUUUUGAAUGUCGUGAAGUGAAAGAUAGUGCGGAUUUGUGAAAAGUGCUACUUGUGUCAGCGUUAUGAUGUGUUUAGUGUAUUAAUCAGUGAUUUAAUCAAAAUGUGCAGAGCACCAAGUUGUGCAAAAUUGAUUUUUGCCACGUAGUGACGCGAACGGGUAAAUGAUUCCUAAUGUGGAGUUCGAAGCAAGAUGGUUAGAGAGACUCGGCACCUGUGGGUUGGAAAUUUACCCGAUAACGUACGCGAGGAUAAAAUAAGAGAACAUUUUAAACGGGGAGAAGAAAGUACGAACAACACAUGUGCGAUAGCCGCGACUGCAGCUGCACCCGCUAACUGGCGAGGCACAAAUGACAGUGCUACCGAGUUCUGUCGUCGCGGCAACAGCACUCCCGCCUCAUACGGCAGAAGUACUCCCCUGCACCGCUGGUAUGGCGAGCGCGGCGGCGAGAGCACUCCGAGCACGCCGGGCGGAUUGGAGCGGCGCCGGCCGUCGGGAUCGGCCUCCUCGCGCUCCGAGUGCAGCUCACCGGAGCCCAGUGACACCUCGCGAGCCUCCACCCCCGCGCCGCCUGGCCAGCAUCAGGCCACCGCCAACCAUCGGACGCCCACCACGCUGCCGCACCAGUGGUCAUCGACAGCAAAUGGAAGGCCCCUUGCGAUUUGUGUCAGGAAUUUACCGACGAGGUCAACCGAUAGCUCCCUCAAAGAUGGUCUCUACCAUGAAUAUAAAAAGCAUGGUAAAGUCGUUUGGGUGAAAGUGGUCGGACAAAAUGCGGAUCGGUAUGCGGUGGUUCGAUUCAAAAAACCGUCCGAUGUAGAAAAGGCACUUGAAGUGUCUCAAGAUAAACUAUUUUUUGGUUGCAAGAUCUCUGUAGCCCCACACCAAAGUUGCGAUGAUGAUGCCGAGUCGGCCAAACCCUAUGAGACUGAUAUUGAUGAAUACCACCCAAAGGCGACGCGGACGUUAUUUAUCGGCAACUUGGAGAAGGACGUGAGUCAACAGCAGCUGCGGGACAAGUUCAAGCACUUUGGGCGCAUCAUAGAGAUCGACAUCAAGAAGGGCAGCGGAGGCGGUGCGGGGUACGCUUUCUGUCAGUACGCGUCCAUCUCCAGCGUGGUGGAGGCAAUCCGCGCCAUGGACGGCGAGUACGUGGGAAGCUCGCGGGUCAAGUUGGGCUUUGGCAAGCCCGUCGCCACCACCUGCGUGUGGAUCGAUGGACUCACCGAGCACACCGAGAAGCAGGUGCUAGCGGCCGUGUCCCGCUGCGGCGCGGCCACGUCGGUGUGCGUGGACCGCGCGGCCGGCGCCGCCCUCGUGCACUUCGAGCAGGCGGGGGCCGCGGGCGGCGCCGUGCGCGAGCUGCGCCGCCUGGCCGCGCACAUCUCGGCCGCGGAGCCCGCCGCGCCGCGCCUGUGUGUGGACUACGGCUCGCGGGAGUGCCAGGAUGCGUUCUACGAGCAACUGGAAAAGCACGGUGGGUCGACCACUUUAACGGGCGUGGAGCGUCUUAGUGGCGAUAUACCCGGACGCUAUGUACAAACACCCAGACACGACCAAAUGAGCCGGUAUGAGAGCAGCACGUCGCGGUCUCGCGGCGCCAGCUUCAGCCGCAGCUGCUCGCGCACUCCGCGCUACAACCUGGAGCACUACGACCCCGCCGAGUACGCGGCCGACAGGAGAUACAGGGUAUACGAUGAGCUUGAUUCGAGUUCACCAACUGAUGACUUAGUAUUGGACGACAGACUGCAGUCCGUUGUAGUGUCUCCUCAUCGCACUCAUCGACACAAACAUGACUCCAGUCCUGAAGAACGGAAACAUUCAAAAGAGCGGCACCGCAGUGCAGGGGGCAGCUCUCGUCGUUCUCGAUCCGGGUCACGAAGCUCGCGGCACGUGUCACGACGGCGGCAUCGGCGGCGGCGUGACGGGUCAGACUCGCGAGCGUCGCGUGCCGGCACCCCUCUGCGUGAUGAGCCUGACGCGCCCCCUACUGAGCCGCGUCGUCCGCCACGGGAACGACCUCCUCUUCCUAUGAGCCUUCCUCUCCCCAAGUUCGCUUUGCAAAUGCUUCGAAACAUCCCCCCUGCGCCGCGACUUGCCCCCGAACCGCCUACUGCUCCAGCUUCACCGCCACGACCACCUUCAGUCUCCUCCUCCAGUGGCGAUUCUGCUCCUCAUUCGCCAUCUCUAGAGGAAAGAAUACGCUCUCUUGACGAAAAAUAUGAAAAGUGGUCUGGCAUUCGGGCUCAUGUAGAUGCACCUGAUCGAACUAAGCUGCGUCAUCGGCUUCUAGAGCUUGAUAUCAACGAAGUGAAACCAUCUGAAGUUGUCCGGUCGCUGUUGGCGAAGAGAUCCGUUUUUGAUGAAGACUCCGAGCGCCUUGAAGGUGCCGUGCGACCACCGAGCCCGGGAGGGAGUCCACGUUCAAUUCUUCAGCCAAUACUUCCAAGAACUUUACGUUACCCUUUUCCAGUGCAUCCUCAUUCAUCUGACAACUUUUCUUUGUCUGGAGACUCGGUCAUAACACUGAAUGAAAACGAUAGAGUUGAUCCACGUCAUCUAAGGCAUUCAAAUUCGGAGCCAUCUAAUAAGUCCCUUCUCGAUUUGGAUAGUAUAGUAGACUCGCAUCUUCGUUUCCGAAAUCCUUCGAUUGAGAAAUCAGAUAAAAUCGAACGAAAACAUGAUCAAAGUCCGAGGUCUGAAACAAGACGAAAUUCUAUUUUACUUAAUAACGAUGAGAGCAGAUCAUUAGAUAGUGACAUCAAUAAUGAAAAAUGUGAUUUACAACCGAAGUACAACAGCGUAUUCGGACAUCUUCAAUUAAAGACGGAGUCCAAUUACUCUGAUAUGUUAUUGAGUAUAUCAGAAACGCAUAUCAAAAAGGAAAAAAAUCAAGACAAUUUAGCAGAGGUAACUCCGAUAUCGGAAAAGAAUGAUGACACAGAUAGAAAUCGGAAAGAAACCGAAGUAUGGGGUUCUAAACGACGAAGUUCCAAGGAUGUUGAUUGCAUGCCUAAAGUUAACGAUAAACUUACAAGUAAAACAGAGGAAGAUGUUACGAAGCAAAUAUUAGCACUGCAGAAUGAUAUAUCUGAGCCUCAUACAAAUUUAAUUCAGUCUGGAAUACUUCGUCAAAGUAUUAAUGGCCUAGUAGAAGUUACACGAAAAAAUGAUGAUACCAAUAAAGAAACGUUGAAUACACAGAUUUUAAUUCCCUCAAAAAACAUUUCUAAAUUUGAUAUUUCUGAAAGAAGAUCUGAAAACACUGAUAAAAAAGCUUCAGAAAAAGUUAAAGAUCAAAUAAUAUCUACUUCGUUGUUUAAUGACGUAACGGAAAAAGGUGACAAGAGACAAAUUGACCGUUCACCUUUAUUUUCCGAUAAACAAAUAAUUGAAAUAGCAAAAGCUUUAGAAAUGAACAAAACUGAUACACAUGAUAAAUCAAAAGUCUGCAUGGACCACGUUGAAAAAGAUGUUAAUGAAUUUAAUAAAGAACAGUCAAGAACAUCAUUUAAGUGUAAUAACGUAGAAAAAUAUGAAAGGGAUAAAAAAAAUAGAGAUGAAACAUCUGCUUAUAGAGCAAACGUAGUGAAAUCCGAUACAUCGAAAAUUAUAACCAGCGAUAAGCCUAAGGAAAAUAUGUCGAUCCCAAGAGAAAUUGAUAGUCAGAAAAGAGAAAGAGUUGAAAAAGAGAGGCGAAGGGAACUUAUAGAAAUAGACCCAUUUACAUCAUGCAAACAGAAAAAGGAUGAGAAAUAUAGACAUGAUCGACAUAAAAGAGAAAUAUGUGAUAAGCGUGAAAGCAAAAAAGAUAUAGAAGUCAGUAGCAAAAGCAGAAAAUCAUCUAGAGAUGAGACAUGCAAAGAUAUGUCUUGUCGAAAAGAUUCAACAGAUUCCUCAACCUCUAGGACCUCCCACGAUUCACAUAAACAUAGAGAUACAUCGCAAAUUGAUGAACAUGAUGUAAGAGUUAAAGUUAAGUUAGAAAAUGAUCUAAAAGAAACGAAAACCACCAGUGAUAUUUUUCAAAAUGAGUCGAAAAUUCCAAUUAAAGAAGAAAAAGAUUCGUCCGAAACUAAUACAAAAAGUAGGAGCAAUAAUAUCGUAGAUCUUCCAUUAAAAUCUAAAACAGAAAUGAAUGAAAAACCAAGACAUUAUUCAUUCGAUUCUACAUCAGAUUCAAAACGAAAGGAUCGAUUAAAUUCGUGUUCAAGUCUACCGUCAAACUUAGGUGGUCAAAAGCGAAGGAUGUCUUCACAAGAUUUCCUAGAAUCUGUCAAUGAAGAUACUCUUAAAAAAAGUAAAAACGAUGUCAAGACUUUAGAUAGGAGGGAAUCCAAGGAUUUUAAAUUUAAUGAUAGGCAUAAAACUGCUAAAUUCAAUAAGGGACACUUUGCAAAGCUCUUAGAAAGUAAAACUAAAGAUGACAAGAAAAAUCAAGUAAAACCAACAAGUGAUUUAUGUGUACCUAAAGAUAAGGAGAUAAAAGAACCAUCCGACAAAAUAAAGAGUAAGAUUGAAGAAAAACCUAGAAAAGAAGAUAAAAAUGUUUUAGAUUGUGAAUCGGAAUUAUAUAAUAACUUAGAUUUUCUUGCCACUUUAGAGUUGAGGUCGAGUGAGGAGGAUGAGAGACAAAAGGCGCUUAGAAAUGAAAUGAAGGAGAAAAAACGUAUACAACAACUACAACAAAUCCACGAACUUCAGAUUCAGCAGAGUGUCUUACAACAAUCUGAAAAUUCUGCUAAAUGUAAGGACGAAAAGAAGCAUAAGCAGGAUGAAAAGAAAAAAGAGAUGGCACGUGACAAACGCAUGUCAACGGAAAGAAAAAGCAAAGAUGGCGAUCCUAGACGCAAAAGUAAGAAACAUAGCUCAGACAGCUCUGAUUCAGAUGAGCCUAAAAAGCAUUCAAUAUUUGAUAUCGUUGACGAUGAACCUACGUAUAUAUCAAUGUAUGAUAAAGUAAAAGCGCGAUCAUGUAAAAAUAUGCAAAAACAAGAGGAAGAGAAGCGACAAGAAAAAAUUAAAGCUAAAUUUAGCCAAUUGAAACAAAGCAGAGCAAAACGUGAAGAAAAGAAAAGAUCUAGCUGGGACGAAGAUAGUGAUUCAGAGCAUGAUAGGCAAAAACCCAACAAAACCUCGAUUGAUUCUUCUUCUGAAGAUGAUGAUAACACGAAUACUAAGAGGCGUGCAAACAGACACAGAUCUUCAGGGGAUUAUGACCGGCACAGUGUUGAAGAAUAUUUUAGCACUCAAAGUAAUGAUGACGACUUUAGAAACAAACUUUCGCGCAAAAAUUCCCGAACACGUAUAAUGUCUGAUUCAUCGGAUGAAGAUAAUCGGAAAUUAAAUCAGAGUCCUAACUCUUUCGAGGAAAUGAAAAAAGGCUUCAUUUCCGAAAAUGAAAUUGAUCGGAAUUGUACAGAUAAUGCAACAAACCAAUUUGUUCAAGAUAAAAUAAAAAAGACUUCGUUGUUGAAUUUAUUCGGUAAAAGUGACAGUGAUGACAGCAAAAUUAAAUCAAAUCUUAUAAAUGAUAGUGAUAAUAAAUCAUCUUAUAUGAAAGCAUUUUGCGAUAUAUCUUCCGAAAACGAAUCAUUACCAUUUAGCAGAAACCCUUGCGAUGCUCGUAGAAGGCACAAAAAGAAGCAAAAGAAAUUUAAAAACAACAUGUUUUCCGAUGAAGACGCCAAGGUUGAUACGUUUGAUGAAAUGGAAAAGGAUAGUAAACAAAGAAAUUCGGACAAAAUGCGCAGACACAGCAAGAAAGAACGAAGAAAAGAUAAAAUACGCGAAAGUUUCGACACAGAUGAUACGAAGGAUGACAGGGUAAAAAUUAAAAAAGAGAAAAGACCAUCAUGUGAUAACUUUGAGACUGUAUUAGAAACCCACACAAGCAAUUCCAAAAGAGAAGGGAAAAUGGAAGACAUAUUUGGCCCUCUAUCAGAUGAGUCUGACAAAGAUACUUCAAAGAAAAUAGAAUACUCACCAAUGGAAUACAAUGACAACCACAAAUUACAUAGUGAAUGUGAUGAAGAAACAAAGAGUAAAGAAGAUAGUAGACGAAGGAAAGAAAAGAAACGCAAGGAAAAGAAAUAUAUAAUAAAAGAUGAUGAUAACAGUUUAGACGUUGAUGCUGUUAGCAAAGCAAUUGAAGCUCGUUUAUUUGAUGAGUCACUGACUAAUGACGGAAUUGUUAAAACUAAAAUAUUCAGCAGUCAUCCUUUCGAAGAAAGGCUAGAUGGAAAAGGUAAUAUGUUAAGCAAUCAUUCAGAGUAUCUCAAAAGCAGUAAAUACAUUGAAAAAAUCAGGAAGGAGUCUAAAGAAAGGCGAAAAAGAAAGAAGAAAAGUAGAGAAGAACGACACAAUCGUAAAGAACAUCAUCAUUAUUCUAAAGAAAAGUUAAGCAUGUCGGAUUUAAAUAUGUUUGAGAAAAAUAAUGAAAUGUCUCCUAAGACUAUAUUAAAUAUACCUUUACCUAACGAAAAAUCCGACACUUAUGAAAAAUCUGAGGAUUGCAAAUCACUUACAGAAUCACCAAGCUUACCAAGAAUAACUGAUAGUCCACCAUUCACCUCAAUUCAAACAUUGCUUGAGGCCAAAAAUAAUGACAGUGAAUCUUGUGAUCAAUUGUACGUCAACGACCUAUCUACAAUAACAAGCAUUGACGACAACAAAUGUGAUGAGAUAAGCGAUAUACCUAUGCCGCCUCCUAUUGAAAGUAAUGUUGUACAAGAUAUCAGUGAAGUUCCAUUACCUAAAGAUCCACCUGUUUCAAAGGACAAUAAUGGAAAUAAAACAAUAGAAGAGAAUAAUACCUCGCUAGAAACAUUUGAUAUUACUGCAGAUAAUAGUGAAGAUGCUGUUAGGAGUAUACCUAAUUUAGAAAGUGAUUCGGUUAAACAUAUAGAAACCAGUUCACCUGAAAUACCUUCUAGUAAAUGUGAUAAAAAGCUUGAAGAAAAACCUAGAGCAAUUAUUUCUCAAGAAGAAACAGCUGAUGCUGUUGCAGCUUUGCUAGGUGAAAGUUUUGGUGGCAAAGCCGAUACAUUCGCAAAUUGUUAUGAAGAAGACCCAAGCAACGAAAAUGAGCAUAACACAGAAAUAGGAACGUCUCCAACUGAAAAUGAGAAUAUACUGGAAGAAGAUGCUGAAGAGAUGAGACAAGCAGUGCAAAAUUUAAAUGCCUCUGAAAUGGAAAUCAAACCAGAGACUCCUGUUUCUGAUAAUGAUUUACUGUUAAUUGAUACUGAUACUGAAGAAACCGAAGAUAUCUCCCAAGAUGGGACUGAAAAAUUAAUGACAGCCGUCACAAGUCAGCAGGAAUUUGUCAAUACUGUAAAGCUAGAUCAAACUGGAAAUAUAAGUGAUAAAGGCUCCAACCCUGGGGCGAAACUUGUACAACCAGAGGCAGACAAUUCUGCUGGUCUAAAGCUUAAUGAAAUCGAAAAUGAAAAACAAUUUUCUUCUUUGAAACCAGAACCACCGAAACAAAUUACGUCUACUGCAACACCUGUGAUCACUUCUUGGACAUUAUCAAAUAACAAAAUAGAAACACAAACUGUUAAUACUAUAUCUAAAGACGAUAGUAAUCUUUGUCAAAUAACUGCAAAUAUCCUUCAAAUAAAACCAACACAAAGUGUGCAAAUAUCAAAUACUAUAAGACCAACUGCUAAUACAAAUAGGGUGAGCACACCAUAUCAAGUAAUAAAUCAAAUAAUUCGACCACAAGUUUCGAACAUGCAACCGCCUAACAUAAAAAUACCUGACAACCAUGUUCUGAUUCAUAAACCACAAAAUAUAGUUAUAUCUCCUAGGAUGGCGAGUGACACAAGAAUGCUUAGUCCUAAAGCGAAUGUACAAAAUGAGGGACAUAGCUCGCCACGAUUAACGAAUAUGACAUUGUUAAGUAAAUCACCUCAAAGUCCUAUGGCCAUUGUAUCACAGAGUAGUGUUCAACAGAGAUCACCUGGUCAAGUUACUGUUGUACGAAUGCAGCAGCCACCACUAAGUCCUAUCCAAACAAUGCAUAUACCACACGGCGUAAGAGCUAUGAUAUCCCCAAAUAGGCCUAAUUCAGUUUUAGUGCAGACUCAAGGCACACCUAUUCAGUUUAAUCGUUUGCCAGUAGCCUCAGUGUUAGCUCCUAUUUCAAAACAAUCUGGAUCAACAUUGACUCAUCAGAAUAAAAACUUGACCUCAGUGAAUACUUCAUCUUUAAUCCAACAAAAAAACCUUCCACAAGAAAAAAAUGAUACUGUGAAAGAUGGGACUAAGAUUAUUUUAUCACCAACAAGACUACCCCAAACACAUAAUCCUACAAUAAUGGCACAGAAUCGACUUUUAUCAAUGCAAAAUGCUUUACAUGUUGGAACUGUUAAUUCAUUACAUUUAUCAAAUAAGUUAUUAAUCAACAAUAAAAAUACUUUGGUUGAAAAGCAGCAGCAAAAGUCUGACCACAGUAAUUUAUCUAGUUACAAUCCACCGAUUAUUCAUGUCGCUAAUGUUAAUCUACCUCCAACAUCAAUCAUACAGAGUUGCUCUAAACCAGUGGUGUGUAACAUCCAAGAAACAGCUAUUAGCAGAUCACAAAGUCAAAAUGUAAUACAAACGAUAAAUCCACAACUUAUUUUGACAGGUACGUCAAUUAAUAAUGUUGUACAAAUUGAGUCAAGUAAGGGUCAACCGACAGUGUUAUCAUUGGCAACUAUACGACCGCCUACCGUUCUAACGAAAUCAAAUGCAUCUUCUGCUGUAGUUGUAUCCACAUCUGCUCUUAGAAAUGUGGUUAUGACACCUCUUUUAUUAAAAACUAGUUCAAAUACAAGUAUACCAAUACGACUACAACCUCGAAAUGAAAAUCUCGAGCAACAUAAUACUCACGUAUUCAAAGCCAACACUGAAGACUCUUUUAAUAAAAAUGAUGAUGAUAAACGUACGGACUUACCUUCAAAACCUUUGGAACAAAAAAUAUCAAAGUGCGAAACAGAUUUUGAAGAAUUGCUUAAAGACAAUACAAAUGAAAUAAAAAUAACUAAGAAUCCUGAUAAAAAACUUGAAGUAAAUGUUGGUAAAACAGUAACAGUUAUAUCGCAGUGUCCUGAAAAAAAGAACAGUACUAAUUUUUUAGAUAAAAUUGAGGAUGUUGCGGAUAUCCCGCCAAAAGUUGAUAUCAUAAAUAAUAACAUUAAAAAUGAUUCAAACGCAGAAGAAAGUGUUAUAAAAACAGAAAAACUCAAGCAAGAUGUUGGCUGUGUUCUAUUAGAUAAAACAAAGAAAACUGAAAUUACAGAAUCAAAACCUGCAGAUGAUGAAGUAAUAGACAAUAUUUUUGAUAUCAAAGAAGAAUCUUCUGGUACAUUAAAUAUAGUAAAAAAUGUUGACGAAAGUGAUAUGUUUGAUUUAUUACCAACUAGCGUCGAAAAGAAGGAAACUGAUGCAAAGACAAUAGAUGAUAAUGAGUUUUGGUCAGCGAAAGAUAUCAAUAUAGAAUCUGUAAUCAAAAAAGUUGAUUCUCUUUGCAACGAAAAUGUAGAUCUUGAUAUAAAACAUAGCACAACACCACAGGGUCACCAAUAUAAUGCUGUGCAAGUACUCUAUUCUCAAACAAAGUCUGAAAUUUCAUUAUGCGAAAAACAACCUCCCACAUUAAAUGAAGCUGAUACAAGCGAAUACUUUAGAUUGGAAAAACAUGGUGCAAGUAAACGAGGUGGACGUACUGGAAGGGGCAGAAAGAAUGAUAAGCAUCUAGUUAAGGCUCAAUCUCGGCAAAAUUCAAAGCCAACACGAGGUGGUGCUGGUAAACGCGGGAGAGGUCGCUCAAAAGUAGACAAGAAAGUAAAAAAUAUAUUAAGUAGCAACUUUCAUAAUAUGCCCGGAGAUGUUUACGACUUUCAUGAAGAUUCAGGUGAUGAAACAUCUUCAACUAAGACAGAAGCAAGACCUAGACUUAUACUAACCAUUAAAAGUCCAUUAUCUGGAAAUUCACAUGCCAUACCUACAUCUACUCUAAGUAUAUCCCAAAAAGAUCAAACAAAGCCAUUAGAUAGAUGUAGAGAGGAAAAAUCUGAUAUUUUUGCUUCACCAUCGACUAAUACCAGGAAAUCAAGAAGAUUGCAAGAAAAAGAUAAUCAGAAAGGCCCUUCUGAUGAUCUAUUAGACGACAUCGUGAAAGGGUGUACUAAAAAUACUAACAGAAAAAGGCCUGCCAGGCAACAGGGUAUUAGAUUAACUAUCGACAAAGGUUCUACUGAUACAAGAAAAUCUCCAAGAGGGCGCAAACGGUCGAGAGGUAGAAGUACGUCAGAUGCUUCCAUAGAUAGUUCAGAUGAAAAUAGUAAGAAAGAUGAAAUAGUAAAUGAAGCUAAAAUGCCGAAGUUAGCCGAGCCUAUUGUUUCUUCAAUUACUGUUGAAACUGAAACCUUAAUAAAACCACAACCGACCACGGUUAAUUCAUUCGUGUCUCACAGUUCGACGCCAAUAACGAAACCGCCCAAGAAAAUGAUAUCAGAAAUAAGUGCUAAACUUGCGAGUGCUUUCGAAGCUGCCGUCGCCGCUACGCCGAAUCCGAUUCCGGUGUCUACUAUAUCAGCAACUAUCGCCUCUCCGGGUAUAGAGCGACCGGCGGUAUCUCAAAGUGAGCAUAACAAUGCACCUGAUAGGUCUCCGCCUCGUCCCGGGCAGGAGUCCACGCCGGCUGCGCUCGGCCAACCGUUGGAGACGGAGGCGGGUCUCGUGCGGCGCCUCGUGGACAACGUGCCGUCCAACAUGGUGCCGGUGGGGGCCACGGAGGCCACGGACGCGCGGGUGCAGUCGCCUGCUCUGCCGCACCGCCCGCCCUCGACGCAGCGGCCGGCCGACCGCUCUACGCCGGUCCUUGUUAGAUAUGAAGGCGCUGUUUAA